AUGAGGCUCAGCGCUGCUAUCAAAUCAGCGUGCUUCCUUCUCCUUGGUCAAAGCACUAUUGCUGAGGGUUCAAAGACCCCCCGGGGCUUUCUCCAGACUUGGCCUAUUCCUGAAGGUGUUGCUGUCGCAACCUCUUUCGACGUCAAGGCUCGCGUCCCCGGGGGCGAGUGGGAAAAGAUUGGAACAUAUCAACCUGUUCUCAACAAGGUCAACUUCACCACCGGCGGUUCUAUCAAGCAUAACUCCUCGCUGGCUUAUUUCGACUUCAACGGGACUGUAGAGAUCCAAGCCAGAUACCUCAAAGAUCGAGUUUCAAAGGCAGUCGUCAGGCCUUACUCCCUCAACUUGACCCCAAAGAAGUCUGGCUCCGUUGUCACUUUCACCUUGAAUGAGCCGCGAGAUAUUGUUGUUCAGGUCAACGACGACAUCUUCGACGUUUUGCAUAUCUUCACUAACCCUCCUGACACAAAUGUUCCAUCUGAGGGGGAUAAGGAUCUCAACUCUACGCUCGAAGUCGAAUCUGGCAGAACUCUGUACGUCGCUGGUGGAGCAGUGGUUUCAGCUCCCUAUAUCACAGUCCCCAACUCAAGCGAUGUGACCAUACGUGGGCGAGGUCUCUUGUACAGUCAAAAAGGAAAUUCGCUACAGGUCUACCGAUCCAAAAACGUCUUGAUCGAGCGCCUGGUCGGCAUCGACUUCCUACCAAGGGCCUACGAAUCAAAGGACGUGACAUUCAGUCAUUGGCGUGACUUCAGUGCCGUGCAAUGGGGAGAUGGAAUGGACGUGUAUUGCUGCGAAAACGUUCUUAUCGAUUCCGUUUUCUUGCGCAACUCAGAUGACUGCAUCGCGGUCUACGCUCACAGGGAUGAAUGGUACGGAAACUCUACCAACGUUACCAUUCAAAACUCAAUUCUCUGGGCUGAUGUUGCGCAUCCGAUUAAUAUUGGUACACAUGGCAAUACCCAAGAUCCCGAGACCAUCGCAGGUCUGAUUAUUCGCAACAUAGACAUCCUCGACCAACGAGAGGGACAGGUCGACUACCAAGGAACCAUCGCACUCAAUCCUGGGGAUGGCAAUCUCAUUCAAGAUGUGUUGAUUGACGACGUGCGUGUUGAAAAUAUUCGCGUAGGUCAACUGCUCAAUUUCCGUGUCAUGUACAACACCAAGUACAACACGUCACCGGGCCGAGGGAUCAAGGACGUGUUGGUGCGUGAUUUGAAGUACACUGGGACUAAGGCCAGCAUGUCCAUUUUUGUCGGUUAUGAUGAGGACCGGACGAUCAGCAAUGUUACCUUCGAAAAUCUGAUUAUCAACGGGAAGGUUAUUUUGGACAACAUGCAGAAGCCGGGUUGGUAUUUGACGACGGAUUCAUUCCCGCAUAUGCAAACGAGCACGUGCAUAACAUGA